CUCGGAAUCUGUUCCCUUAGGAAUUUGAAAUUGAUUUGAAGAUUAGAUGGUAUUGAUUUGAAGCAUAGUAUGUUUUGGUUUCGUUUCGUUUAGCUUCACGAGGAUUAUCAUUUCAAUUUUUAAUGUAACUCUGAAGUUUUCAUCUGUGUCUAACCCAUGGAUGUAAGAUAAUCAACUGUGGCAGAAGCUACCUCGACAAGGCAACUUUAUAUUACCACAUUUAACAGAUUGAAAUCGAUCAAGCUUACGAUGGACGAAGGUGCUGCCUCUCUAUCGAGCAGCUUGUUCUCUUCCGCCCAGUUCAAUCAGGUGGUUUUUCACAACUUGGUAGAUUGCUACCCGGGUGGGAGCAAUCUCGAGUGCACUUACUCACUCCAUGGAGAGAUCCAGCACUCUGAGAAGGAUCAAGUUGGUGUGUUCCAAGUUGGAUGGCAAAGCAUCAGUGACGCUCACCUCUUGAAGCCUGCACCGAAACCAUCAGAGCCAAUCUGGUUCAAUGGACAUUUGCUCCCCAAAGAUGGAAAAAUGUACCAACUCUGCUACGUUACAGAGCAAGGCAUGAUAGCCGGUGCAUCUGUUCCUUUCUUCUUCCAAUCGCCGGACGAUAGCGAAUGGGUGGCAGUUGAGAAUUCUGAUGAUGAUUUUGUCACUGUUGAACGUAAUUUCUCCGCAAUGCAGACAAAUAAUGCCAGGUUGACUCUCGAAAAUCAACAGCUGAAAGAUGAAUUAAUACGGACCAGAAAUAAGCUGACCAGAUUGGUCCAUCUGGGACAAUUGAACGACAAGGCUCCUGAAUUAAUGGAGAAGCAAGUGGCAAAUUUCCAAUUGAUGUGUGAUAUACAGAAGCACACUAGACCUGGAAAAGUCAUUUCCACGCCACUGGAAAAUCAUUUUGUCGCGCCCAAACUGGAAUCAUCCUGUACAACCGCCAAGAAUGAGCCAGCUUUUUUACAGAAAGGAUCAGAAGAUGCUUCCCCGGAGACAAAAGACUCGCACAAUGAGAUUCUUGAACUGGCAAAAUCACAACCAGAUAAUCACCGGUUAAUGAUGGAUAUUUUUAAUUGUACAAAGAACCCUGAACCAAAAAAAUCACAACCAGAUAAUUGCCUGUUAAUGUUGGAUUCGUACGAAUGCACAAAGAUCCCUUAUUUACAACCGGAUAAUCACCAGUUAACGUUGGAUUUGAACAAACGUAGGAAGAUCCUUGGACUGGAAAAAUUACAACCAGAUAUCCAACAGUUAAUGUUGGAUUUGAUGAAUCCAACAAAGAUCCCUGGACCGGCAAAAUCACAACUAGAUAAUUACCAGCUUAUGCUGGAUUUGAGCAAAAUCACAAAGCCAGAUUGUAGACCUGAGGAUGACCCUUCGACUGAGAUUUUUGAACCCAGAGAGGAACAACCUAAGGAUGACAUCCUUGAGGCAGAAGGAGCCAGUUCUGUGUCGAAUGAGGCAGUCAAGGCAAAUCCCUCGUCACAGGAGGACUCUAGAAGAACUUUGGAUGAGACUACUAAAGACUCUCAAAAUAACCAAGCAGCAUUGAAUUCCCUCCCACUGACGGACAAAGCUAAUUGGUUUUGCAAUGGUGGGGAACACCAUGUGGGCCUCUCUUGCAAUCUGUCUUGGUUAAAGAACUUCAUGGUGGAGGAGUAUAACAUUCCUGAAGAAGAGGUUUCCGUCAUGAUCGAUUCCUUCUGUCAGGAAUUUGAAAGGUUAAGAAGGAAGCUCAACUCCCAGGAACAGAAGCCUUUUGAGAAGGAUGAGAAGGAAGAUACUAAUGUGACGGAACAAGCUAUUUGGCCUCUCAACACUCGCAACUUUCCAAGCAGCUCUACCUAUCUCUCUCUUAUAAGGAAUUUUAUGGUGGAGGAAUACGGCAUGCCUGAACAAGACGUUCUGCCAAUGAUAAAUUCCUUCUAUCGGGAAAUUGAAACGCUGAGGAGGAAAUUCAACUCCAAGGAACAGGCGCCUCUCGAGAAGGAAGGUACCAAUGAGGAAUCACACGCAGAGGAAGCAACGAUGGCGGAGGCUUCCGGGAGUUCUUCGACGUCAACCUCAACCGAUAUCAACGAUGACGUUCAAGAAGUUUCAGAAACAAUAAAACAGCCGACAACAAGCGGGUCUGAGGUUAAAUGUGAUGCUCAGGGUUUCAAAUGUGGGGAUGAUAACUCUAAUCCCUCACCUCCAAUGGGUGAGAGCUCGAACACUGCACCUAGAACUGUACGCAGGCCAUGGUUACACAUCGCAAGAAAAUACAAUGGUCCCAGGCCUUUCGUUUUCGGAAGAACGUCGAUGGAACAGAUGAUGGAUGGAUGGCAUCCCAAUCCUAUUUUGGCCGGACGCAGACGGCUCAUGCAAACAGAGAAAAUCCAGGCACUCGAAGCGGAAAUUGCCGGUCUCCAGUCGUACAUUCAGGAAUUGGAGUCAACAAAGCAACCCAGCUCAGCAGAGCGGGGCGAUCAUUUGGACGACAUCGUCCUCGUUCUGUCCGACGAACUGGCCAAAGUCGAGCUUGAAAACAAAAAACUGAAGGAAACCGUGGAUCAAUUCAUUGCAGGUAGCACAGAAAGACUUGAGGCCCAUAGCACAGAACAACGUGGAACUUCUGUUGCAGAUGACAUGGAACAACGUGGAAGCGUCACAAAUCGCGAAUCACUGGUGAACAAAGCCACACAGAGUGAGGAAGAGGGGGUUCCUGAGACCUUCAAGCACGCGGCCCAAAAUUAUGUCGGGAACUGCAACCUAGGCUGGCGGAAUCGGAGCUUGAUCGGGUGUUUGAAUGACGUGAGGACACCGCUCCACGCCGUUUUAAGUCAACCGGUCGUACCGGGCACUCGUUUCGAAUUCCAAGUGAGAACGCUACCGCACUGCAAGAAUUUCACCAUCAAGCUGGGGUACGACCAGUCCCGAUUUCCACUCCAGGCCACCAUUAGCACGGACAUGAUUGACCUCUCUUGUCAAGGAAGUUCCUUGUACGGGGAGAAGCAUGAUCUGCCUCAAGACUUGCGACCUGACUCCUGCUACGCUCUUAUUUUCGUCGUUAAUUCUGACAGCAUCGAAAUCACGAUCCAGUCGCACAGUGGUGCGACUCUGUAUUGGAACGAGUAUAGACCGGCUGUUCCUGUGACUGAAAUUCAGUAUGUUCAUGUCGAUGGCAAUGUAGUCGUGUGUGAUGCAACGCUGAAGGAGGCAGACAAUGCGUGUUGUCUAGAAAUGCGAGAAAGGCUACGGCGCGCCUUCGUCGAGUACGUUGAUUUGUCGUAUCGCUAUGCGCUUCUCAAAAGCAAGUUGGAAAGUGCCCAGAAGAAAGACUUGUAGUCUGACUCCGAAGACUGAGAAGCCUCUCGUCCUUUAGACCUUAGUGAUAAGAUAAAUGAGACCACAUUUUGCAGUUUGGAACUAUAAUAUAUGGCAUGGACUAGAAACACUGCAAGAACUAUUAUGUUUUUACGGAUGAGCUCGAAAGUGUAGUUCCUUACUGCAAAAUGUUGUCCAUUUUUUUGAGACAUUUUGAAGCUAUGACUGCCUCGCUGCGCAAGAAAGCUAUUGGUGGUUUUUGAACUUUGGAGAAAAAAAUGAGAGUGCUCUUCGUGAAUUGCAAGCAUUUUUUGGAAGAGUUGUGAGUUGGUUCUCAUUUGUGUGAUCAUUAGCAAUUCAGUUUCUCUAUUAUUUGUACUUUCCGCUAUGGAACAUCUUAAGUAUGCUAGAGAUUGAGUAAACUUCUCACAGGACAUUUAAUUCUUCACACGCAAGUUAUGUUGAUGGGGACCUCUUAGGUCCACUUUCGAAGGGGCAAUUUGUGCAUUCCAUAUCACGCAUUUUCUAAUAUCCUCCAGCCGCAGAGACAUUUUGCUCACCUGCUGGCACCAAGGCCUACUCAGAAAUAGAUGUAAGAAAACCUAACCAAAAUAAACUUUCAUCAAAAGAGCUGUUCUCAUGCAUUGUUUUAAAAAAAUUGCUAUCGAUCAUCCUUAUGUGCGAUUUCUGUUGGCGAAAAGCGUCAGCUGUUUUGUAAAGUUUUGAUUCCUCCAGUUUUUCAUUUCUCAGUUUCAGUUCGGUAUGAUACCUUGCCCAUAAAGGUGAUCUAAAAGCGUC